AUGGCACAUGGGGUGUCUGUGUUGCAGGAUGAACAGAAAGCAGAAGAUGAACUCGCCAAGAAGCGGGCGGCCUUCCUCCUGAAGCAGCAGCGCAAGGCCGAGGAGGCGCGCAUGCGGAAGCAGCAGCUGGAGGCCGAAGUUGAGCUCAAGCGGGAUGAAGCCCGGCGCAAAGCUGAAGAAGAUCGGGUACGGAAAGAGGAGGAGAAGGCACGGCGAGAGCUCAUCAAGCAGGAGUACUUGAGAAGGAAGCAGCAGCAGAUGUUAGAAGAGCAAGGCCUCGGCAAGCCUAAAUCCAAGCCCAAGAAGCCACGGCCAAAGUCAGUCCACCGAGAAGAGUCGUGUGGCGACUCAGCAACCAAGUGCUCCUCCACCCCUGAUAACUUGAGCCAGACUCAGUCUGGCUCCAGCCUGUCCUUGGCCUCGGCAGCAACGACAGAGCCUGAGAGCAUUCACUCGGGAGGCACACCUUCUCAGCG